CUGGAGCGUUUAGUUUCCGCUUUGAAUCGAGUUUAAUAUGUUAUAAUCACAUGUAACAUAUAAAUACCAUGCUUUCGCACUUUGCACCACUUUUCAAUCAAGUCUCACUUGCAUUGCACUUGCAAGAGACUUUUCUGAGAAAUGUUUCAAUACCAAUAUAUUCUCCUGGCCGUAUGCCUCAUCACCACACACGCAAGCGCAGAAACAAAGAAAAGAUCACCGUCCGGCUACGGUCAUAUACCUGUACGACACAGCUACUCUGAAUACAACAACCGGGUAGCUAUCCCCGUACCCCAUCCCGUACCAGUCAGCGUACCACGACCCGUACCAGUACCAGUACACGUUGGAGUACCAGUAGACAGCCCCCGCCCCGUACCAGUGCCAGUACCACAACCUGUACCUCAAAUAAUCACUCGACCAAUCGCCGUGCCAGUCGACAGACCAUUUCCCGUGCCAGUCUCGCAGCCAGUACCAGUGACAGUUACUCAGGGAGUUGGCAUCCCUGUUCCUCAACCGUACGCUGUUAGCGUGCCAGCGCCUGUGCCAGUGAGAGUGCCAGUGCCAGUCCCAGUGGCAACACAAGCUGUUUCAAUUGGCUCUGGUGUAGCUGUCGGUGGGCUUGGAGGAAUUGGCAUAGGUGGUUAUGGACUUGGGGGAAUUGGCAGCAUCGGAGGAUAUGGUGGAUAUGGUGGAUAUUCAGGAGUUCCUCUACUAUCUUCCAAGUAUGGUUCCAUCGGUCAUGGUAUUAUAGGCUCCUCGAUUGGAUCGGGAUACGGAGGUGGAAUUUUGCAUCAUGGCGGCCAUUCUUUAUUACAUCACGGGUAUUAAAUUUAAAAAUAAUUAUGUAUAUUCACUUGCUUAUAAUUUGCCAAAUAUUUUGUGUAAAUAUUUGAAUUGUUAAUUUUAAGUUCGGUAAGGGGUCCCUUAUUUAGUUAAUCUAGUCCAAACCCCUUUUUGGUUUUUAAUUUUGUUUUGCUGUUGUGAUGAUGAAGUAGGUGAUGCCCACAAUAAUGGCCUGAGGAAGUUUUUAACGAAUGUUUGAAUGUAGUUUAGUAAUAGAUAAGAAAAUGAAGGUCUGAUGUUUACAUGGGAAGUAUGUAAAAGAUUUAUUUUGAAGAAAGAUUUGGUCGGCGAAAGUAGAAUAAAUAUAUACAUAGAUAGAAAAAAAGAAAUGAAAGGAAAAUGUACCGAUGGACAAAUAUAAUAUAUAUUUUGGAUCAGCAAAUGAACUUACCACUCAAUUUAGACGGCCGGUCGAAUCCUGCUGCUUUUGUGCGUGACUAUCGCGUUCCUGCCCCCCUAGCCAAGUGGCAUAUCGAUUCUCUUUCUACGAUCGCUAACGCUUCGCUACUAGAAAAAUGUAUGGGAAUGACAGAUCUUGAUUACAUGACCUGUCGACAGCAAAUGUCAUUAUCAAACAUCUUCCUAGUUUUCGAAGCGUUAGCGAUUGUAGAAAGAGAAACGACGUGUCAUUUGGCUAGGUGGGCAGACAAUCAAGAACGCUUGGAACUGGUGCCAGUGACUAAAUAGUUGCGGUGUAAAAUGUUAGCUUGGUUUGGACCUAUACUGCUGUCAAUGGAAAAGACAUCAAUUGAUAAUUACAAAGAUGAAAAAGAAACAUCUAUAUGGAUCUCUAUCAAAAAAAUUCAUUGAUCUUUAUGGAAUGAAAAUCUUGUAGAGUCUAAGUAUGAAAACUUUAAUGGUGAAAGGUUAAAUAGGGUCAUAGACAAUAAUAAUUGUGUAUGCCAUACAUAUAUGUACCUAUACGAGGCGCUAUAUUAUCUUUUAAUGAUUUUUAAUUCUCUGCGUGUGUGAAGUCUGCCUAUCCGCAUUGGCCAGCGUGGUGGACUAUUGGCCUAACCCCUCUCAUUCCGAGAGGAGACUCGAGCUCAGCAGUGAGCCGAAUAUGGGUUGAUAAUGAUGAAAGAUUGUAAUAUUAUGUGAGAUCAUCUAUCAUUUUGGGAGAAUCUUGGGAGUAUGAGAUUCCAAGGACUGAUGUAUAAUGCAAAUGAAUGAAUUGAAUGGAAUUUAUUGAAGUGAUGUGGAAUGAUUAUUUAAUAUCCCAUAGAUAUGUUUCCCACCAAUUUAUGUUUUGUCAUGCAUGUUUACGGUACACAAUAAAUAAAUGGAUGAUUGUA